GAGAGGAGGAGGAAGAGAGAGAAGAAGGAGGAGGAAGAGAGAUUCAACAAGAGGAGAAAGCUCAGUCAGUACCACACAGCUGAGAAGGACUCUGCACUACAUCACUACUCCUCUACAAAUCCAGAUAAAUCCUAGUGUUCGUUCUUCAAACAGAUCAGAAUAUGGAGACAUGAGGGACAUCUUUACAGGACUGCUUCUUCUGCUCUGACUGAGUUUGAGAGACCAGACUCAGCAACAAGGAUCAGCCGAGAGACAGUCCUCGUCCAGGAUCAGCAGAGAGACAGCCCUCGUCCAGGAUCAGCAGAGAGACAGCCCUCGUCCAGGAUCAGCAGAGAGACAGCCCUCGCCCAGGACCAGCAGAGAGACAGCCCUCGUCCAGGACCAGCAGAGACACAGCCCUCGUCCAGGACCAGCAGAGAGAUCAGCAGAGAGACAGCCCUCGUCCAGGACCAGCAGAGACACAGCCCUCAACCAGGACCAGCAGAGACACAGCCCUCGUCCAGGACCAGCAGAGAGAUCAGCAGAGAGACAGCCCUCGUCCAGGACCAGCAGAGACACAGCCCUCGUCCAGGACCAGCAGAGACACAGCCCUCGUCCAGGACCAGCAGAGAAACAGCCCUCGUUCAGGAUCAGCAGAGAGAUCAGCAGAGAGACAGCCCUCAUCCAGGAUCAGCAGAGAGACAGCCCUCGUCCAGGAUCAGCAGAGAGACAAGGACCUGUGGAACCUCCCUAGUUGAAUCCUGUAUCACUGUGGAACCUCCCUAGUGGAAUCCUGAAUCACUGUGGAACCUCCCUAGUAGAAUCCUGAAUCACUGUGGAACCUCCCUAGUAGAAUCCUGAAUCACUGUGGAACCUCCCUAGUGGAAUCCUGAAUCACUGUGGAACCUCCCUAGUGGAAUCCUGAAUCACUGUGGAACCUCCCUAGUGGAAUCCUGAAUCACUGUGGUAUCUAGAACUAUCCUGCCUGGAAUCCUCCAUCUCUUCCCUGAACUGUUGAAUACGUUCUAGAACAGGUUCUAGAGUCAGAAUGGGUUCUACUGUUCCUGUUUCAUCCAUGAUGUUGGUGCUGGUGGUGUUCCACACCUUCACAGUGGGUCAGAGCCAACCCAGCCUGACAGGAAAUCUCCCUGUCUCAGCCUUCCACAGUACAGACACCCCCCUGGGUCUGCUACUGGACCCCCAAAACCCCUCCCAAAACCCCCAAGACAUCGCAUCUCUGAACCUCAUUACCCCCAUCUCAUCCACACCCUCUCCUGACUCUGACAGUGGACACCAACAUCUGAAACACGGACCCCAUCACCUCACCUCCAACACGUCGUCCCGGGCAGUGCGUGUUCAGCCUGUAGUACCCCCUGUCUGCCACCAGGUGACCUUCAUAAAGACAGCCUUUAAAUACAUAAACACAGUGAUUAGCUCGGUGAUAUUCAUGGUGGGGAUGGUGGGAAACGCCACUCUACUGAGGAUUAUCUACCUGAAUAAGACGAUGAGGAACGGACCUAACGCCCUGAUCGCCAGCCUGGCCCUGGGAGAUCUGAUCUAUAUCACUAUAGAUAUACCCAUCAACGUUUAUAAGCUCCUGGCUGGCUCAUGGCCGUUCGAUGACAGCUCCAUUGGCCUGUUCCUCUGUAAACUGUUCCCCUUCCUGCAGAAAGCUUCUGUUGGCAUCACUGUACUCAACCUGUGUGCCCUGAGCGUGGACAGGUAUCGUGCGGUAGCGUCGUGGAGCAGGGUCCAGGGUGUCGGUGUUCCCCUGUUAACAGCAGUAGAGAUCAUCUCUAUUUGGCUGUUAUCCAUUCUGAUGGCUGUACCAGAGGCGAUAGGAUUCAACAUGGUCACCUUUGAGUACAGGAACGCGACCAUACGGACCUGCAUGCUCAACCCACAGACACCAUUCAUGACGUUCUACCGGGAUGCCAAAGACUGGUGGUUGUUUGGAUUCUAUUUCUGUGUUCCGUUGGCAUGUUCCGCAGUGUUCUACACUCUGAUGACAUGUGAGAUGUUACAUCACAGGAACGGAUCUCUCCGCAUCGCGCUCAGCGAACACCUCAAACAGCGUCGGGAGGUAGCCAAGGCAGUGUUCUGUCUGGUCCUGAUCUUCGCUCUGUGCUGGUUCCCUCUGCACCUCAGCAGGAUCCUGAAGAAGAUGGUUUACAUGCCUCAUGAUGCCCGACGCUGUGAACUGCUCAAUUUCCUGUUGGUCCUCGACUACUUCAGUAUUAACCUGGCCACAGUAAACUCCUGCAUCAACCCCAUCAUACUCUACUUCGUCAGCAAGAAGUUCAAAAACUGCUUCAAGUCAUGUCUGUGUUGUUGGUGUGACUCCAGUUCCCUGAUCGACAGUAUGGUACCUCAGAACCUCAACGGAACCAGCCUACAGAAUAAGAACCCAGAUCAACAGUGUGGUAUCUCUGAACCUCAAUGGAACCAGCCUACAGAAUAAGAACC